CUCCGCCAGAUCACAGCAGUUGAGACCGAGAGUGCGCGCACAAAGGGAGGCGGCGAUGUGUGUGCAUGUGCAUGUGCAUGUGUCUGUGCCUGUACAAGGUCGGGUUACUGUGGUAAGCAGCGUCUUCUCCGGUCCACGAGUGGCUUACUUCUCGAGUCAAGGCGGAGGGAGGGCGCGAGCAAGUGAGUAAAUGAUGUCAAGAAGCUGGAGGAGGAGCAGACAAGACAGGAGAGAGAACGCUUUAUCAGAAGUGCGUAGUGUAAACGAAGAGGUGCUGGGAGAGGCAGCGGAAUACAGGAGAGCGAGGUGCAGGUGGAGGAGCUGAUUCGCCCAGACGAAGAAUUGCAAGCCGCGGGAAGUGAAAGUGUUGUGAUCAGAAAACAAGGCCUUCAUUGGUAUUCUUUCAAGGAUCCUUCAAGAAACUUCUUUUACCUUGUACAUUCAGACCUUUAAGGGCAGGAUGGAUUCACCAAAGUUGCUCCGAGAGGUGGAUUCUGUCGACACACAGCUAGAUGUACACAUGGAAGCAGAGCAUAGCACUCUCUCCAAUGGUUUUACAAGGACUGUUAUUGCCUCUGCAGUUAAUGACCAUGGAAACUGUAACCAAACUAAACAAAGCACCUUGCCUAAUGGGUUAAGGAAAGGUACCAGGAAGCAGCAGGACUACAUCAAAAUUUCUGUGCCAGAACCAAAAAACCGUUUGCCUUUGGAAUGGUGGAAAACGGGCAUUGCCUUUGUUUACGCUCUCUUUAAUCUUGUACUUACAACAGUUAUGAUCACUGUGGUGCAUGAGAGGGUCCCAUCAAAAGAUGCCAGCCCACCCCUGCCUGAUAAAUUUUUUGACUAUAUUGACCGUGUUGAAUGGGCUUUUUCUGUAUCAGAAAUCAACGGGAUGGUAUUAGUGGGACUAUGGUUCUGUCAGUGGCUCUUCCUUCGAUACAAGUCGAUAGUUGGGAGACGCUUUUUUUUCAUCAUGGGGACCCUUUACUUGUACAGGUGCAUCACUAUAUAUAUCACCACACUUCCUGUGCCGGGCUUACACAUGAAAUGUGCUCCAAAGCUAUAUGGAGACUCUCAAGCCAAACUGCAGAGGAUCCUCAGGCUGAUAUCGGGUGGUGGUUUGUCAAUCACUGGCUCUCACAUCAUGUGUGGUGACCUUCUGUACAGUGGACACACAGUUAUGUUGACUCUAACCUACCUGUUCAUCAAAGAAUAUUCACCUUGCCGCUUCUGGUGGUAUCAUAUCUGCUGCUGGCUUCUGAGUGCAGUGGGAGUGCUGUGUAUUCUGGUGGCACAUGAGCACUACAGUGUUGAUGUGGUGAUUGCUUACUUCAUCACAACUCGACUUUUCUGGUGGUACCACACCAUGGCCAACAUACAGACAUUGAAGUCCUCACCUCAUAACUAUCUUUCACGCAGCUGGUGGAACCCAGUCUUCCGUUUCUUUGAGAAGAAUGUACAGACACAAGUUCCGUGUGCCUACUCCUGGCCCAUUACUUGGCCUCCAAGCUGCCUGAAGACAUCAUGUAAAAGUUAUUCAAUGGUUCAGAGUGCCAGGAGACAAUGAAGCUGAACUUCUGGUUACGAUUGUGCCAUUGUAAAUGGCUUUAUAAAGGUGUUUUUGUUUGUUUUUUUAAUUGAUGUUUGAGUUCCCUUUCACUGAGUUCUAAACAAUAGAAAGGAACUCAAGACCAAAGUGCUAGCAGAUCAUGCCAAAGACUGAAAAAAAAAUACUUGAUAAGAAUUUGCACACAAACAUUUAUUUGGUGUAAAGCUAUCACAUGCAAAAUGUCUGUGAAUUUUACCAGACUGUUGGAAAAAUGAACAGAGUGUGGUUUCCAUUUGUUUUUUCCUAUUACUUGUGAUAUAGUAUGCCCUUAAGAUGAAAUAAUGCUUAGUGUCUUUGGUUUAUAAAACAGAACUAAAGUAUUAACUUAAACUUGGAAGGUCUAAAUAUACACACACACACACUUCCCACAAAGCCAGCCCAUGUUCUGCAUCUCACAAUUGUAGACGUUUGUUUGCAUGCUGUGCCGCAAUUUUUGUUGUCAGUAAACACUCCAGACUCUGGUAUUCCCUGGUUUGCCCGAGUUUGCCACUUCCUUAAGAUGCUCACUUAUUUUAUUCUGUUACACAAUUUUUGCUGCAGCACUGACUUUUUUGCACAUAAACAGUUUCAUAUUACAGUAAAUUCUUUGUAGACAUCCUAAUUUAUUUAUUUUUUUCAACUAGUGAGACCUCCAGUUGAUGAUUGUGUCUUAUUGUCUGCACUCUGAGGUGACUGGAAUGUAAGAGUUGUUGUGCUAGCUGCCCUCAAACUGGGGGACAUAUCUACAUGGAAUCACACCACCAUUCCUUUGUUUUCCAACAGUGUUAAAUAUUAAAAGGUCUAUUCUUAUUUUAAAAAAAUGUAAAUGAAGUGUAAUUAUAUUUUUUCCUUGAUUAAGGAUUUCAAUUUCAGGAUGCAUUUUUUUUUACCUAAAUGCCUUAAGUGAAGCCUCAUUUUAAAGAUUCUGCUUGCUUCACAUGCUGACACAAUCUUGUAAUUGUUUAUUGUAUAAGAUUCUUACUUGUUUUUAAAAGGUUGAUUUUAUCUUUGUCUUUCUCUAGAUAGACUAAUUUCUUAAACUGUUCUUAUUUACAGCAAUUCUUUAUUUAAGAAGUGUACUCAUUUUAGGGAUGGCUCAGGUGAGGCUUCAAUUACCAUGUAUUUAACUGUAUUUUAUCAUACAUGGUCGUGAGAUUUGACAUUUUAGAGGGGACCUUCGUCCGCUGCCGCUGGCAUACAUGGCGUGAGACUGUUUUGGCCAAAGCAGCAUUAUAAAAUAAAUCCUAGAGCAGAGUUUUCUACUUUUGAAGCUGAACAUUAUAAGUCAGUAUUACUCAAACUAUACUGUUUUGCUUCCUAUUCACUUUAAAUAAAAAAACUGAUUGUUGGAUGUUCAUUUCUUCAGUGUUAGAGAGAGCAGUUUACCAUAAUAUAUGUCGCACAGUAGCUGAGAUCCUUAUGUCUUUCAGGUUUCUGUUGCUAGUAAUGGCCAUGCAAUAACAAAUGACACUACUUUAAUCAAUUUCUAAAUGAAAUGGUUUCUGAUCCCUAAUUCAUUGUAUAAAGCAAACUAUUUGUGGUUUUAGUGACUUUUGUAAAAGUUUGUAGGAAAGUAUUGCAUAAAGCACAAAAAUGUUCUAUUUAUUAAUCUCGCCAAUUCCUCAUCACAGAGGAAUCACAGCAAAACUGUAGCCUUGCUGGUGGUUUGGUGACUAUUGACCCAGGACAGCAGUUGGCCAAAAAAGCAGGAUGGACACUUCCUGUAGAGUAGCCGUUACAAAGGAAGGGGAAUGGUUAGUGUUCUCUGGAAAAAGUGUUUGUGCAAACGCAAAGGUUGUACUGUAUGUGUAAGGUUUCCUGAUCUAUCUCGUUUGAAAGUUUCAUGUGUUGUGUUGUUAAGACUUUGUAGCAGUAGUGGAGUAUAUCAACAAUUCUUGUAUACUGUCUAUUAAGGUUUAGUUAUCUAGUGAGCGCUUUACAGAAUUUUAAACUAUGGAAGAUGAAUCUAAGUAAAGCUUUAGGCGUUUCCAUCUCACCACUUAUUUGAAUUAUUUUGUCUGUAUAACUGUUUCUUCAUUGUAAAAUGUGCAAAUUAUUUUAAAUAGUACUUUUUUAAUCUAAAGAUUA